AUGACUUCUCUCACAAUCCUAGCGGCUGCAAUCGGCGCCGUCCAGCUGGCUGAAGCCAACUACCUGCUGCGAAGAGCCAUUCUCCAGAAGGCAUUACCUCCUUGUGCUGAUGAUGUGGAUCAAGUGGCUUGGAAGGGCCACAUCUACCGCACGCUCUAUGGUGCGAAAGUCGAAGGGGAAACUCCCACCAGUUGCGAAGAGACUUCGUAUCAGGAGAUGCCUGAGAACUACAGCAUUGCUCCAGACGAGGUUAGCAUCGUGUCCCAUGUCAUCGCUGCACACAAGUGGGGCAUCUACCGAGUUUGCCUCGAAACCGGGUGCUACGGGACGAAGCAUGCCAAGACUGGUGAAAUUGGGGAGCAGCUGAACAACGGCCAGUUUUGGGAGAUGGACGCUGGCAAGUACAAAGUUAAGGAAGCUUGCGCCGGAGAAAACUACCACCGACUUCUCUUGCGUCAACAAUGUCAGGUGACGCUUGAUGGCUUUAAGAAGUUCGCCUAUUCCACGGGCAUCGGAACCACUGCAUAUUCAGAGAUACCGCGAUUUGCCAAUGAAGGUUCGUAUUCAGAGAUUCUCCAAGCAGCAAAGGAUGCAUGCAAGACUGAUGCAGACUGCGCAGCUUUUGAGAUCAUGCGGGCCUUCAGUCUGGACAAAAAUCCUGAAUUCAGAGACUGGGGUCAAACCUGGGCGGACAAGAUCGAUGCUUCCGAUGGUGGGUGGCUCGUAUACAAGCUUCACAAGCGCGACGCCGGCUCAGACUUCAGCAUGCACGAUACAGAGGAGCUGGACUGGUAUGCGUCGAAUCGCGACGAGGACAUCUACAACUACCAGGCAACACCGCUGCGUUGCAGCUGGAAGACCAACUUCACCUGUGGUUUUGGUCCUCGUAUCAACAUCGCAGUGUCUACAACGGCAAACUCGAAGGAGGACUGCGAGGCUCACUGCCAGAGCAGCCAAGUCGCGGAGCCCGUCCGAGGAUGCUGCUCCUACUCGGAGGGUCAAUGCAAGUAUGGCGAGGGUGCUCAACUGGACUCCCCUGAACCUGGAACGAGCUCAGCGGACUGCUGGCCGGAGAUCGUACCAACAACGACAUCGACUACAACAACUACGACCACCACGACGACAACGACGACAACAACGGUGACGUCUACGACGACAACAACAACCACCGUGACAACGACAACAGUCACCACGACCAGUACCUCAACAACUACAAGCACGACCACCACCACCACAACAACCUCCACAUCGACCACCACAACAACGAGCACAAGCACAUCAACAACAACGACGACCACCACAACAACAAGCACAAGCACCACCACAAGCACAACGACUACGACCACCACAACUACAUCCACGACAACCACCACCACUACCACCACGACUACCACGACGACUACCCCCUGGAUAUCCGGCAUCUCGCCGUCCUGUAUUACGGUGAACAAGGUUACUGAAAUUACUUUCUAUGGAGGUGAUCCUGGUGACAAGGUGAGAUUCGAGGUGGACUGUGACUCCGUCUCUGAUGACAACUUCACAGUAUUGCAAGAUGGGCGAGAGGGAGCAACGGCCGAGUUCUCUCCCAACGAAAAGGGAGAUGGCUUUCUAUUGUGCUACAAGCGCGGCCACGAAGAAGUUCAUGGUGAACAUCACUUGACAUUGGAUGUGAAGGGUCCAACUGGUACUGGCCACAUCUCGUCGAUAAGUCCGACUUUGGUGAAGAAGUCCGAAGCGGCGGAAUUACAGCUGGAUGGUCCUGAGAAGACAGCGGGCAGAGUGUGCUUCGCCCCAAGCUGCGCAUUGUGUCCGCAGCUCUAUGAUGGCACAGAGUAUCCAACAGUGGAAAUUCCCGGCACAGUGAGCUUUGUGAAGGAGGCCAACAAGCUACACCUUGUGGCUCCUCAGAAUGACAGCAACGUCUACAAAGUUUGCUACCAAGAAGAAGAGAGCUGUGAGUGGGCCGAGCAAUCCGGUGGUCUCAAGAUCCGUUUUGAUCCACACAUCAAGGCCAUCGACCAAAGAUGCAUCGGAGCGAACAGGGAUGCCACCAUCAAAUUUGAAGGCGCCUGGCCGCGCGAUCGGGUCCAAUUUGCUCCCAGCUGCGAUAGUAUCACGGAGCCAAAGGAAGAAUUGCAUGGUGAGAACAAGCGAGCAAUGUGGUAUGCAGGUGAAGCUCUUGAUGGUCUCAAGCUGUGCUACAAGCCAGACACUUCAGAUGCAGUUUCGGGAUACCAGGCAAGUGUCCAGGAGCAGGAUGACAUCCUGCUCUACAUUAAAAAAGUCACGCUCCAAAAGAUCAUCACAUCGUUCAGUCCCAAAACUAUCAGAAGCAACACCGAGAAUACAAUCUAUGUCUGGGGCAAGUGGCAGAACUUCGAGGGAGAAGCCCAAGUUGGUGGAAAGGUAUGUUUCGCACAAGAGGUCACAGGCUGCACACCGUGUUACUCUGGCCUUCGAGAAGCUUUCGACAUUGAUGUUUCCGACGGACCGAUGCCCGGCCCGCUUGGAAAGAUUACCUACCGACCUGUUGCAUCCCAUGCUCGGAACGAGAUUCUUUGUUAUCAAGCUCCCGACAGUUGCCAAUGGGUGCGGCAAACUGACAAAGUUCUGCAGGUACUGACUGAGCCGGUACCGGCUGCAACCUCGCCUGCGACGGUAUCAUCGAUUUGGCCCACCUUGGCGACACUGAACGUUUUGACCUCUAUAACCUUCGCAGGGGCUGCUGCAGGUGACAAGGCAAUCUUCGUCAGCAAAGACACUACCUGCGACUCGGUAAGACCGGACAAAGAUGUUGGCUUUGGCGAGGCGCAUUUCUCCUUCUCUCAGCUGGGCGUUUUCCUGCUGUGUUACCGAUCAGCUGGUGCACAUGACUCCGUGCUUCAAAGCGGCUUCAACCUGACCGUGAAAACUCCAGGUGUCACGAAGAGCAUGAUCCGACCUUUCGAAGGCAGAGGGGGCAGUCUAGACUGCUCUACACUGCGUCUGGUGCCACACUGCUCGAUGGCGAAUGCCGGCUCGUGUCAAGCAUCCUACAUCAUCCACAGAGGAGUUGGUUUCAGAUGCAGAUGGAACGAGGAGAUAAAGCCUGCUGCGUGCGAUGUUGAGAAGAUCAAUACUGCUUCUGCCGACAUCUGUUCUGCCGCGAAGUGUCCUGGAAGUCCAUCGUUGUGCUGGUGA